AUGAGGUUAUUCGGUAAGCCAAAGGUCAACCCAAAUCAGACUCAAGAGACUAUCGCAAGGUUGAGACAAACCAUUGAGAUGCUCGAGAAGAGACAAAAGUUUUUACAAGAGAAAGCCGAUAGAAAAGAAGAAGAAGCUAAAUUAAUGGUUUCUAAAAAGAAAAAGAGAGAGGCUUUGUUAUGUUUGAAACAGAGAAAUACAUAUCAAACAGAAGUUAAUAAAUUGCAAGGUACAUUCGAUACACUGUCGACACAGAUUUUCGCGUUGGAGAAUGCCAAGAUGAACGAAGAGAUCUUGAACUCGAUGAGAAGCGGUGCUCAACACUUGAAGUCGCUACAGAACAAUCUUACUGUGGACAAGGUCGACGACAUCCUCGAAGAGAUUCAAACUCAGAUGGAGGUACAUCAAGAGAUCUCCAACGCCAUCUCACAACCACUCGGAAACCAACUCGAAGACGAAGACGAACUAUUGAGAGAGUUGGCCGAACUCGAACAAGAAGAUCUCGAUGCUCAAUUACUUAAAGUCAAUUCUCCACCAACCAAAGAACCACAAAUUAAAUUCCCUGAAGUUGCAUCUAAAACCAAAGUGGAAGUUUCAUCAAAAGAAGAAGACGAGUACAGAGCUUUGGAAGAGAGUUUAGCAAUAUUAGAAUCAACAAACAAGACUUGUUUUAUCGGUCAUGAUUAG